UCCAAGGCCAAACGCGUGCCACACCUCAGAGUGUCAGACGAUCCCGAUGGCUAGAGUGUUAAAGCUGCGCUCAGGAGCACUCAUCCCAACUAUCGGCUUGGGCACGUGGAAGUCUGCCCCUGGGGAGGUGGGUGCGGCUGUCGCUCGCGCACUGGACGUGGGUUACCGUCACCUGGACUGCGCGCACAUCUACGCAAACGAGGGCGAAAUCGGAAACGCGCUGACUGCCUUUCUGGCCGGCGGAAAAGCGUCGAGAGACGAAAUAUUUGUGACGUCAAAAUUAUGGUUGAACUCUUUUCAUCCCGAUGACGUCAUGGGAGCAUGUCAAACUACGUUGAAAAAUCUUCGGCUCGAUUAUGUUGAUCUCUAUCUGACUCAUUGGCCGGUUGGUUUGCCUCGAGAUGCGCCUUCUCCGGCUGCAGGCCCGAUUCCUAUGGACCAGAGGCUGCCAUGGGACGUCUCUAAGUUUGUGGACACGUGGAAGGCAAUGGAGAAACUGGUGGAAAGAGGAUUGGCUCGGAAUAUCGGCGUAUCCAACUUUACUGUGAAAAAGCUGACCGAGUUUUUGGCUCAUGAUUUAACGGUCUUGCCGGCUGUUAAUCAAGUGGAAUCACACGUCUACCUACAGCAAACAAAACUAAAAGAAUUCUGCAAAUCUAAAGGCAUUCUAUUUCAAGCCUAUUCACCACUCGGCUCCCCUGAUCGUCCCGCAAAGUUAAUCGACCCAAACGAUCCUGUACCUCUCAAGGACCCAAUCAUUCUAAAAAUAGCAGAAAAACACAAAUGCAAACCAGCACAGGUGUUGAUUUCUUGGGCAAUUCAUCGACAAACUGUUGUGUUGCCAAAGUCGGUCAAUCUCGAUCGUAUUGCUGAGAAUUUUGGUAGUUAUGAUGUGAAGCUCGAUGAAGAUGAUAUGAAGCAGCUGGAGGCAUUGGAGUGUAACUGUCGUUUCAUAAAGGCUCAAUUUCUACUGCUCGAAGGGCAGACGGUCGACGAAUUUUGGGACAACGACAUCAUCAACAUAAACAAUGGCCAAAUUCAUCCAACUGAACACGGGAGCGCUUUUACCAACAAUCAGUCUAGGGCUCAUUGGCCGAUUGGACUUGCUUUGGAUGCUCCCCCUGCAGGACAAAUUCCUAUGGACCAAAGACCAGGCUGGGAUGUUAAACGAUUUGUGCAGACAUGGAAGGCAAUGGAGUCUCUUGUUGAUAAAGGUUUGGUGCGUUCUAUUGGAGUAUCAAACUUUACUGUCAAGAAGCUGACUGAGCUGUUGGAGGAAGACAUAAGAAUUAUUCCAUCAGUCAACCAAGUUGAAUCACACAUCUAUCUACAACAGUCGAAACUAAAGUCAUUCUGCAAAGACAAAGAAAUUGUGUUUCAAGCAUAUUCGCCUCUCGGCUCUGCCGACCGACCAGCAGCGAUGGUCGCUCCGAACGAGCCAAUACCAUUGAAGGAUCCGAUUGUACUUAGAAUGGCAGAGAAACACAAAUGCAGUCCAGCACAAGUGUUGAUAUCUUGGCGUAUCCAGAAUGGCUCUGCUGUGGUGGUCAAGUCGGUUGGUCGUGAUCGUAUUGUUGAGAAUUUUGGUAGUUUUGGUGUGAAGCUAGAUGAGGACGACGUGAAGGAAAUUGAACGGUUGGAUUGCGGAUUCCGGUUCGUAAACGGGCAAUUCUUGUUGAGAGAAGGACAGACAUUCGAUGAAUUUUGGGAUCAUGAGUGAUACACUCAAUACAACUGGUGACAUUUAUCUUGUAAUUUGAAUUUGAAUAAUCAAUAAAUGAUGUAAAAAUUUUAAU